AUGCCCCAACUCUUAAACACUGUCUUUGAUCUUCCAGCUCCGCUGGCAAGGACCCUCACGCGAGGCUCCCAUGAACCACAGAGCAUAACGCCCGAUGUCCGUCCCGAAGUCCAGAUUUCAGAUCGUGAGGCUCAGCCUGAGAUAGCGCCAGCCAAUGCAAGCGACGAGUUCAAGCUACCAAAGUUGACUUCUUUGAUCAUCGUUUUACUGGCGAGCGCAUUGCUACAGGUCUCCUUCUUUAUCGUCGUGUCAUCUUCUAAUGAGUAUGCCAAACAUCUGGGUGGCACGUCUACGUUCUCCGGUCUGGUGAUCGGUAUUCCGACGGUAUUCUCCGGGCUCGCUUUGGUCCCUUUGGCAAAGCUUGAUGGCGGUGGAUACAAGCGUCCUCUCCACUUUGCAUGUGCUUCUGCGUUGCUUGGUAACGUGCUAUACAGUCUGGCGUACUACGCCAACUUUCUGUAUCUCAUACUGAUUGGCCGAAUCGUGUCCGGAUUUGGCUUUACAUUCUGGAUGUAUUCGAAGCGAUACUGCUCGGAUCCCAGGAUCGUCGGUGUACGACGGAGAACGAUGCUGGCCGGCUGGCUCGUGCUGGGUCAGGGUGUCGGCUUCAGCGUUGGCCCGUUCGUUGGUGGUCUUCUUUACAAAGUCGGCUUCUCAAACGCCGUCUUCAAUGGGUACACCAGCCCGACAUGGGUAUUGUCGGCCCUCUGGGCUGUGUUCUGGCUUGUUGCAGCACUGCUGUACGAGGAUGUUCCCCCAAAGCCUCCUGCAGGCACGCAGGUUGAACUUCAAUCUGCGUCGCCUUCUCGCAAUAGACAACAGACGCUUAGGAACAAAAGCUCGCGGGAUAUCACAAGCGAAGGAAUCGUUGUUCCGCACGAAGAGACCCCGCCCUCGUCUACCGAAAUUAUCGUGGCCGCCCCUUCAGAUGACAUGAACACCGACACUGUGCAGCCAACGCCGAUGCGCAUGUCUGCUGCCCAGUGGGGAGUGACCGCGACUAUGUGUUGGUUUGCCAUGACCUGCUUCUUCAUUUUGGGAGCAUGGGAGGCCAACAUCCCGGUCUUCACCGAGUCGAACCUACGCGUCAACCCGUUCCACUUCAGUCCUUCCGCCGCAGGCAACCUCAUUGCGCUCGGCGGGAUAUGCACGAUCCCGUUCCUGCUUGUGAACCUCGUCGCCGCGCGGCGGGUGCAGGACAGGCACACGCUCGCUGUCGGGUCUGGGCUCGGCCUCGUGGGGCUGCUGAUCGCCAUCGGCAUCCUGCGCGGAAACGCGGUGAACUAUGGUAGCCUGUUUAUAUGCUGGUUCCUCGUCGCGCUCGGGUUCAACCUCGCGAGCACGGUCACGCUUAGCUUGCUCUCGAAGCAGCUGCCGGGUGAGUGGAAUAUGCGCAUCAGUAUGGCGAUCCAGUAUAGCAACUAUACGGGGCGCGUGUGCGGCGCGGUGUGGGGAGGUGCGGGCACGAAGGUCGGGAUGCUGAGCUAUGUCGGGCUGCAGAUCGCCUUGGUAGGUAUCGGGGCGGUGAUGUUCUCUACGCUGUGGAAGCAGUUGAAGGCCAAAACCGGAUGA